AUCUAGCCCAAUCACAUAAAACUAACGCAUCACAAGGGGAUCCAAGCAUGGAAGCAAACCAGGUUGAUAGGCCUUCGGCUUCGGCUGUUAUUCCACAGGAGCAGGCGGAUGCACAGCAGCGUGAGAGCACGGCUAAUUCCUUACAGCGAGACAACGGGGCGGUUCCUGGUCCUUCCACCUCCGGUAUGGAGCAUCAGGACGGCGCAGUGGCCAUUCCUGGUAAGCCCUUUGCAUUUACACAUGACCGACAUGACCAGGUUGACUCAUCCCUUUCAGAAUCAGAGUGUGACAGUGACACUUCACUUGGGCUAAGGGGUAAGGGUCAAAAGCGCAUGUUUGCUAUGGUAAAGAAAAUGUGGCAGGUAAUGCAGUCAGGCGCAGUUGGCAGCAUGGCGCAGGCGCAGCUUGCGAUAGGUUCCCCAGAAACUUUGCAGAGCACCACUAUCGUGGGGGACAAGCGUCCGCCUAUUAACUUAAUUCCGGAAAGGAAAGUGGCCUUACACGGCGAUUCCUUCCCAUCUUACACUCCCUCAUUGCAUGGUCAUUUGAAACCAAGGACAAUUAGAAAAAUACAGCAGGGCAAAUAUGUGAAUAUAUUUGAAUUAUCUGCUGAAGCUUGUAGGCAGCGAGAGAAGAGCGCGGACGGUACUGGACCUAAAAGGUUUAAGCGUCCUGAAACUUUUGAGGAGUGGCUAAUUUGCUUUAGAGUUUUCUCCUCUUGCUACCUGGAGAAAUACCCGAGCCAAUGCCACGCUAUCAUUAAAUACACUGAUAAUAUCCAUUGGAUUCAGAGGAAGUUUGCUGAGGGGGCUUGGAGAGAUUAUGAUGCUGAGUUUAGGCAAAAGAUGGCGGGUAAUCCUGUGCUCACCUUUGAUACAACUGACUCGCAUCUUUGGCAACGCCUCGGCCCGCAGGGGUCACCCUCCUCCUCCACCCCCUCUAGCAUCACCCUCCUCCUCCACCCCCUCUAGCAAUCAGUCCUUUCGUGCUUCCAAAACUAAGCGCAGAGGUGGUACCUGCUGGGCAUUUCAAGAUAAUAAAUGCGACAGAGGUAAUUCAUGUGCGUUCAGGCACGUAUGCCGAUAUUGUGCCGGGUCACACUCCGGGAGCGAGUGUGCCAGAAAGAAGGAUUCAGCAUCCGGUAGAGCACAGAACAAGCUCUCUCUUGUUGCAAAAGGCCCCAACACCGGUGAAGGUGCACGCCCUUGAGCCAUGGCUUAGGGUGUACCCAGAUUCGCGCGCAGCGUCUUUAAUUUUUCGAGGCUUUACGGACGGUUUUCGUAUACCGGUGACAAAAGCCA